UGUACAGGAAGUGGAGGAGCGAGUCCAGAAGAGCUUCCCUCAUCCGAUCGAUAAGUGGGCGAUCGCCGACGCUCAGGCUGCCAUCGAGAAGAGGAAGAGGAGGAACCCGCUGGCUCUGCCUGUGGACAAGAUCCACCCACUUCUCAAGGAGGUGCUGGGCUAUAAGGUGGACCACCAGGUGUCGGUCUACAUGGUGGCCGUGCUGGAGUACAUCUCCGCCGACAUCCUGAAACUGGCGGGAAACUACGUGAGGAACAUCCGACACUACGAGAUCUCCCAGCAGGACAUCACUGUGGCCAUGUGUGCCGACAAGGUGCUGAUGGACAUGUUCCACCAGGACGAGGAGGACAUCAGCUGGUUCCCUCUGAUGGACGAGGAGCCGUCGGCCAAUGAGGAGCAGAGUUACUACGAGCUGGUGAGGAGCUUCAUGUCUGACGGCCGACAGUUUGUGAGACAACUGAACCUGCUAAUCAAAGUGUUCAGAGAACCCUUCAACUCCAACCUCAUGCUCUUCUCACAGCACGAUGUGGACAGUAUCUUCAGUCGGAUCGUGGAUAUCCACGAGGUGACGGUGAAGCUGUUGGGUCUCAUCGAGGACACGGUGGAGAUGACAGAUGAAGGAAGUCCUCAUCCUCUGGUGGGAAGCUGCUUCGAGGACCUGGCUGAGGAGUUGGCCUUUGACCCCUAUGAGACAUAUGCUCAGGACAUCCUGCGAUCUGGUUUUCAUGAACACUUCCUGAGUCAAGUGUCCAAACCGGGAGCUGCCUUCCACCUCCAGGAAUCUACCUGACCAACAUCCUGAAGACGGAGGAGGGAAACCCAGACUUCCUGCGGCGCCACGGUAAAGAUCUGAUCAACUUCAGCAAGAGGAGGAAAGUGGCAGAAAUCACGGGGGAGAUCCAGCAGUACCAGAACCAACCGUACUGUCUGAGGGUGGAGAACGACAUCAGGAAGUUCUUCGAGAACCUGAACCCGAUGGAGGACAUGUCUGAGAAAGACUUCGCUGAUCAUCUGUUCAACAAAUCUCUGGAGAUCGAACCUCGGAACGCCCGAUCGUUACCUCGCUUUGUGAAGAAGUACACCUGUCCUCUGAAGUCUCCAGGGAUCCGUCCCACCUCUGCGAGGCCCGGCACCAUGCGACACCCAACGCCACUGCAGAACGAGCCCCGGAAGAUCAGCUACAGCCGCAUCCCCGAUAGCGAGGCCGAGGGUGGCGCUGUGUCCGCCCCAAACUCGCCCCGUACGCCCCUGACUCCGCCCCCCGCCUCCGCUGCCUCCAGCUCCACCGACGUAGGCAGCGUGUUCGACUCGCCACAGGGUCCCAGCAGCCCCUUCCACUCCACCUGCGACAGUAUCUUCUCUGUGGUCUCUUUGCCUCACGGUCCACGGUCAUCUUCGGUCUCCUCCAUGGUGAGUUUCAGUCGUGGUUCAGAGGAGGUUCCAGUUCCUCCUCCGGUUCCUCCUCGCAGACGUCCAGAGUCAGCUCCUGCAGAGUCAUCUCCCUCAAAG